GUUAGGUUAGGUUAGGACACCUCUUUGAAUUUCAUCGAGUAAUAAUCGCUUUUCUCAAAUUUAAAGUUGUCCGCGCUUUAGACAUAACAAUUUGAGAACCUUGGUAUUGUUUGUCAUUUCUGGCUGCGAUAAAAAAUUGUGCACGCGAAACGCAUCUGAUAUUUUUGCAGCCUUGAUUGUUUAUAAAUUGUGUUCAUCCGCCGUAACCAGCAUGGCGUCAGCGUCGGUUGCGAGGGGGAACCUAACGAUAUUUCACCAUGAAGUUGAAAGUCAAUGCUAAGCUUUUGCCAAUAAAGGCAUUUUACUUUUUCUUCUUUGGUGGUGUGGCGCCGAUCCUGCCGUUCCUGCCGGUGUACGCCCGCCAGCUGGGUAUCUCGGAGGUCGGUGUGGGCGCCGUCUAUGUCGUCCUACCCGUCGUGGCGGCCCUGAUGCGACCAGUGGUGGGCGCUAUCGCCGACGCCACCCACCGACACAAGCUGGUGUUCUUCUGCCUGCUGGUGGUCACCACGGUCGGCUACAUCACGCUGAAUUUCCUGCCGGCCGCGCCACCGGCGCCGCUGGCCGCCGCCGUGCAGCUCAAGUGCGGCCCGGCGGCGUUUGUGAAGCAGUGUGCCGACCGCGAGGCGCACUGCCACGCCGCCCGCCUGACGGCCGCCGCCGGAGCCCGGAACGACACGGUUCAGUGCGCGCUGCGCUGUGACCGCUGGCCCGACUGCGGCACGCAGAGCGACUGGUGCCGGCCGGCCGGCGGCCAGCUGCCGCUGCAGCUCAACCUGUUCGCCCUGGACGUGGAGGGUCUCUGUCUGUACCUGCCGCUGAAGGACGUAUCGGUGAACGGCACGGUGACGCACUACCCGGCCUGUGUGGACCCCGAGACGACCAAUUGCAGUCUGAGCUGCGCCGAUCGGCCGCUGAUGAAGCUGCUGAACGGCCGGCCGGUGGACGCCAGCGCCUACUACCAGACGAGCCAGUUCUGGGUGUUCUUGGUGUUCCUGAUACUCGCCUGGGACGGCACCUCAAUCACAAUACCGUUGGCCGACACCAUCGCCUUCAAACUGCUCGAUGACCCGUCCAAGUACGGCUACCAGCGCGUGUGGGGCUCCUUCGGCUGGGGCAUCUUCAGCUUCCUGGCCGGGUACCUGGUGGACGUGGCCAGCCGGAACAGCGACACCAAGGAUUACUCGCCGGCCUUCUACCUUCUCAUCGGCAUGAUGGUGCUGAAUAUGAUGGCCUGCACCAAGCUGCACGUCUCCGCGCUGAAGGAGGCCCGGCCGCGGUUCCUGGCCGGCCUGGGCGCGCUGCUGGUUCGUCCGGCCGUGGUUCUGUUUGUGCUCAGCUGCUGCGUGGUGGGAACCAUGACCGGACUCCUGUGGACGUUCUUCUUCCUCCACCUGCAGGACGUAGCGCUGGCCUGGGACUGCUCCGCCUUCGAAUGGAUCAGCCUGGUCUCGGGCCUCACGCUGCUCGUGCAGUGCUUCCUCGGAGAGGUGCCUUUCUUCUUCAUCUCCGGCUGGGUGAUCCGUAAGCUGGGUCACGUGUACACCCAGACCGUGGUGCUGCUGGCCUUCGGCGUCCGCUUCCUGCUCUACUCGCUGCUGAAGAACCCGUGGGUCGUGCUGCCGAUCGAGCUGCUGAACGGACUGACCUUCGGCCUCUUCUACGCCAACAUGGUCGGCUACGCCUGCGCCGUCGCUCCGCCCGGCAUGACAGCCACGCUGCAGGGCCUGGUCGGAGCGUCCUUCGAGUGUGUCGGCGUGGCGAUCGGCAGCGGUUUUGGCGGCAUCCUGUACGGCUCAGUCGGCGGCGCCAUGAUGUUCCGGAUAUUCGGCCUUAUCUCCGUGGCGGCGUCCGUCCUGUACGUGGUGCUCCACUGUAUCACCAGCCGCUGGUGUCCCGAGCCGGCAAACUCCGGCUCCGACGCCGACCGCACAGCCACGCCGGACAGCAUGCUGCGUGAGAUGAAGCCCAUGGACAACCGGGCGGCGCCGGAGGGGUCCGAGGCGCCUCUAGUGCCAGAAACACCCAACGGGGACGCCUAGACCGUGUGAGUGAGGGUGACAGGGUGAGGGUGAUUGUGACUGAAUGGCGUGGUGUAGGUGUUCAUUGUUUUCCGACACCAUUUAUCAUGGUGACAACGUUUUAGUUCAAAGGUAACAACUCAGUGACGCUCAUAUUCACCAAUGCGUGAAACAGUGCCAGCUUGCGGCAUUUGUUAGUCAAUAUCAGUGAUAUUUUCUCAUUCCGUUCCAACCUUCAACACGACGCUGUAUUUUCUCACAUGACAAUGGUCUCCAAGAUUGGAACGGAAUUGGAGUCGCCCAUCUUAGGGACACUGAGCUUUACUUUGCCGAAGUGAUCAAAUACAUCUUUUAUAGAAAAGGA